AUGGAUCCCCUCGAGGAAGUCAGGUUGAAAAUUGCAAAAGUGGAAGCAGAGAUCAGCGCGCUUACGACAGAGAUUAGGGAAGCGGAAGAGAACAUCAGGCAUGCAGGAGAUGCAAUCGAAAAACAGCGCUGGGUAAAAAAGGAAGAGCAACUGCGGGACAAGGACACCGAGCUGCUGAAGCAGAAGAACAAGCUACUGGACAAGGAGGCCCGGCUGGAGUCAGCAGCGGGUGCGGGGCCAAGCACCACAGAAACUGGUGUGAGUAAGGUUGACCUAGCCGACCAAGUACAGCAAAUGCAGUCAGAAAUCGCUGACUUGAGACUUGGACGGGUGCAGUCGGACUUGGAGAUUGCAAACUUGCACCUUAAGCUGGACAGUAGUACGCGGACUUCAAGAACGGAAGCGGAGUCGGAAGGGAAGCUAGAGCUCGGUCCAAGCGCGUGA